AGCCAACAAUGUCACUACGUUACCCGUACAAGAUGUCAUAUAGGAAGCUUCGGGGCACUUUUGGUCCUGGUGGCGGGCCCUUGGCGAGAAUAACGAGACUGAGAAUGGUGGUCACAUCGUUAAUUCGCCACGAGAGGAUUGAAACAACGUGGAAUAAAGCCGCCGAAGCCAGAGAUUAUGCAGAAUUGUUAAUUCAGAGGGCAAUAAAAAAUGGUGACAAGCACGGACCCACAAUGGAGCUGGCAGACUUCUGGCUACUGGAAAAAGAUCUAAUUCACAAGCUGUUCAAGGUGUUAGUACCAAGGUUUGAGAAAUGUCCCACAGCCUUCACUAAAAUGUACCGACUGCCGUAUGUAUAUCCAGGCAAAGGCAGAGAAAUGGGCCUGCUGGAACUGAAAGGGAAUCCGUGGCCACCCGUCCUUCCUGAAGCCAUUGACAAGAGCAAACACAUCAACAAUGUUCUGCUCAACGCAGCGAGGCAAGACUUUCGCAUGGAGCAGUACAAGUCCAUGGACAUGAGCAGUGACGGAUGGCACAAGGAAAGUGUCAGUCAAAUGUCUGCCGCCAUGGAUACUGUUGCUAAGGGGAGUGGUUUAGAGGAAACUGUUACAGACACUGAAAGCUUACUUUCUGAUGAGAUAAGGGAAGAAAAAGAAGCACAAGAAAUGCGAGAGCUGCAAAGAAAAAUUGACAGUUUGAAGAAUCGUGGUAAAAAGAAACACCGAGAUGAAGAUGAUGAUGACGAUGAUGAUGGGACUUAUGUCUAGAAUAGAAUUAAGUGACACACCAACAUUAUGAUUAUGAAAAAAAAUAAUUCUCACUGUUAAGAGAUGUUAAGUACAUCAGUUUAGAAAGAUUGGUAGAAGUUUGGGUCCAUAAGGAUCACAGAAUAUGUCCUCUUUUGACAUAAAAUGAAAAGUGUUCAGAGAGAUUUUUGUCGAUAAUUUGAAAUGCUUGGUUCUCAGUUAUAUUACUGACCCAGCUUAGAAUUUGUUGAAAAAAAUUGCUAGGAAGCAGCAGUGCAAAAUGCAAGUUAUUGUUAUCACUGUAUCAGAAGAGCUACUGGAGUAAAAAUAAAAAUUCAUUAAGAUUCCUCUGUUCUCCUGUGUAAUGAUACAAAAUGAGUCCAAUACUG